AUGCAGAAGCUCCUCCUGGCGCUGGCUUUUGGGAUGCUGCUCUCGGAGCCGAGGCUGGGGGCUGAGGGCCGGAACCCACCCUACGGCGUCAAGCUGUGCGGGAGGGAAUUUAUCCGGGCCGUCAUCUUCACCUGUGGGGGCUCCCGCUGGAGACGGGCAGGUGAUCUCGAUAUCCUGAGCGGCCCCCCUGCAGGGGAAGACUCCGCAGAAGCCGCCUCCAGCGAGUGGGAUGCCAGCCGCCUGCCCGGGACGCUGCCCCACCAAGACCUCUCCUCCGACUACCACGAGAGGUGGAGAGGCAAACCGGGCCGCGGCCUCGCCGAGGAGAGCUGGCCUCUGGAGCGCGCCGUCCGGGACGUCAUGGCGGGGCUGAGCACCUCGUGCUGCAAGUGGGGGUGCAGCAAAAGCGAGAUCAGCUCCCUGUGCUAG